AUGGGCGAAUUUCUACCGUCGCCACGCUACACUGGAGGGGGCUUGUACGGUACAAUAGUCUACACCUCACCUUGCGAUGUGAGACGCCGGGACUCGACGUCGUCGCGCAAAAAGCCCACACCGCAGCCGAGACGCUGGUGCUCGACGCCACUGCACGAAAAGCCUGUACCGCAAGAGCCUGUACCGCAGCCGAGACGCCCGCACUCGACGUCAAGGCCUCGAGAGAGUCAACCCCGCCGGGACUCAACGCCCGAGCCCAAGCAGCCCGAACACCGGGCUGCGGCCGAAAAGGAUGCCAGGAAGCACUGGACUCCCGAAGGAUAUUCGUUGACCCACUGGGACCCCACGGAGCAGCCCAUCCUGCUGCUCGGGAGCGUCUUCGACGCCAACUCCCUGGGCAAGUGGAUCUAUGACUGGACCGUUUGCAAACACGGAAAGGGUCACCCCAUUGCACAAAUAGCCGGCGAACUUUGGCUUCUCCUCAUCGAGUUUUCAGGUAAAAUUAAGGGCGCCGACGAGAUUAUCCCGUCCAUCCGCCAGAAGAAGCCCAGCAUGGAUGCCUUCAUUCGCGAGACCUUUGUCCAACAGCUCCUUGAGCUCUUCCAUCAUCCUCUUGUAAUCAUCUUCAACAUCGGGCCAGAUGUCGCGGAUAAACGUCCUUCUCAGGUGGGGCACACCGAGUCCAUCCCGUUUUCGGUCCCCAUGUCGCGCGCCGCUCUCCACACGAUCCAGCCGGCCCAUCUGCCCCUGAUCUCGUUCCCGAGCUUCACCACCGUCGAGUGGGUGGUCAUCGACAUGGGCUCGAUCCACUCCAGCUCCGAGUAG